AUGCUUUCUGCGCGGGAGAGGCGCCUUCAAGAUGAGCUCUUGCGCACAUUUGCGUGUCGUUCAGACUUCGUGCUUCCAGCUUCAAUCCUCAACACCAUCAAGAAUUUCUCACCUGAGCUCACACUUGGAUUCUACGUCUUGUGUGGCAAUAUGAUUUUCAGUCGCAUCACCCUAGCGAGCUUUACUCUCUGGUCUUUUCUUACUGCCAUCGCUUCUGGUCACCCUAUGCCGUCCGUGUCAGAGGCAAAUUUAGCGCAUUACCAUGCCUGCAAGGCCGCUUUGGCGGAUGAUAGUGCUCCAGCCAAACCCAGUGCAGAUCGUACCAAGGAUUGUGAGGCUAUACUGAAGUAUAAACAAGGAGCAGCUUUGAUGGACUUCAAAGUAUAA